AUGGAUUUUAAUCCUUUUACAUCCAUAUCAGAUAGUGUUUCACUAUCUUCAUCGCAACUUCCCUUCUUUGGUGGUCAAGGCACCGAGGAUUCAAACUUUGGUGAAGACUCUCAAGCUAGUCGGAAAGAAAGAAGAACAUGGUCGCCAACAGACGAUGUUGUGCUCAUCAGCUCGUGGUUAAACACGAGCAAAGAUGCAGUAAUAGGGAAUGAGCAAAGGUUGCUUGCAUUCUGGAAAAGAAUUUCUGCGUGCUACAGUGCUAGUCCUAAGCUUGAUGGCUGUGAAAAGAGAGAGGCAUCGCACUGUAAGAAUCGGUGGCAGAAGAUCAAUGACGUCGUUUGCAAGUUUUGUGGUGCAUAUGAUGCAAGUACCAGAGAGAAGACCAGUGGACAAAAUGAGAAUGAUGUCCUGAAGCUAGCCCACGAAAUAUUCUUCACCAACCAUAAAAAAAAAUUCACCCUUGAGCAUGCUUGGAAAGAGUUGCGUAAUGAUCAGAAGUGGUGUGAGCUGUCUACAGCUAAAAAUGAUGGAAGCUCCAAAAAGAGGAAGUGUGGGGAUGUUUCACAUUCAGCAAGCUCUAAAGCAACUGAAGCAGAUUCUGUUGACGAUGAUGAAGCAACAAAUCGUCCCAAGGGUGUGAAUGCAGCAAAGGCCAGUUCUAAGAAGGCAAUGGCUGAUGGGAAAGAGCUGUCUGAGUUUCAGACAAUGUGGAGCUUCAAGAAGGAAGAUUUGGCUUUGAAAGAGAGGCUGUCAAAAAUGAAGCUACUUGACAGUCUCAUUGCUAAACAAGGACCACUACCGGAUUAUGAAGAGGCAUUGAAGAAGAAACUCAUUGAUGAGUUGAUGUCCAUUUAG